UCUUCCCCCCACCCUCGCGCCUCUUUGUGUUGGUAAGAGUUGGAUCGCGACCAUGGCUCUGCUUACGGAUCUCAUCAACCUCGACCUUUCAGAGACGACCGACAAGAUCAUAGCUGAAUACAUAUGGAUUGGAGGAUCUGGUCUGGACUUAAGAAGCAAGGCUAGGACUCUCCCAGGUCCUGUCACUGAUCCCUCCCAGCUUCCUAAGUGGAACUACGAUGGUUCUAGCACAGGUCAAGCUCCUGGUGAGGACAGCGAAGUAAUCUUAUAUCCUCAAGCAAUUUUCAAGGAUCCAUUCAGGAGGGGAAACAACAUCCUUGUUAUGUGUGACUGUUAUACCCCGGCUGGAGAGCCAAUCCCCACUAACAAAAGAUACAAUGCUGCUAAGGUUUUUAGCCAUCCUGAUGUUGUUGCAGAAGAGCCUUGGUAUGGAAUUGAGCAGGAGUACACCCUCUUGCAAAAAGAUGUCAAAUGGCCUCUUGGGUGGCCGGUUGGUGGCUUUCCUGGUCCUCAGGGUCCAUACUAUUGCUCUGCUGGUGCAGAUAAAUCUUUCGGCCGUGACAUAGUUGAUGCCCACUACAAGGCCUGUCUUUAUGCUGGCAUCAAUGUUAGCGGCAUCAAUGGAGAAGUCAUGCCAGGCCAGUGGGAGUUUCAGGUUGGACCUUCUGUUGGCAUUUCUUCUGGUGAUCAAAUAUGGGUUGCCCGCUACAUUCUUGAGAGAAUCACUGAGAUUGCAGGAGUAGUUCUCUCUUUAGAUCCAAAGCCAAUCCAGGGAGAUUGGAAUGGUGCUGGUGCGCACACAAAUUAUAGUACCAAAUCCAUGAGAAAUGAUGGAGGAUAUGAAAUCAUCAAGAGUGCUAUUGAAAAGCUUGGCAAGAUGCACAAGGAGCACAUUGCUGCAUAUGGAGAAGGCAAUGAACGCCGCCUCACUGGACGACAUGAGACUGCUGACAUCAACACCUUCAUAUGGGGAGUUGCUAAUCGCGGUGCAUCCAUUCGAGUUGGUCGUGAGACAGAGCAAAAUGGCAAAGGUUAUUUCGAGGACCGGAGGCCAGCGUCAAACAUGGAUCCCUAUGUUGUGACCUCCAUGAUUGCCGAGACCACCAUCCUCUGGAAACCAUGAACAGUGAAAUAAUGCAGAACUUACACUUUCUCUUUGUUCUGGGACUCUGUUUACUCAUCAUUUCAUGUUCUUCUGGUUGUCAAUUUCCAUUGGGAACUCCCAUUCUAUAUGUUCAGGGAACCUCCAUGCCCUGUUUGAAUCCUUCAGUGGACAGUUGGGUAUUGUUCAUCUGAUUUAGCUUCCCCCUGCUACUUAAACUUACUGCAUUGGCAAUAAUUCAACAAAAUAGUGAACCGAGUGAUGUUAUGAAGCAUUAUCCAA